GAGUCGCGAAGCCUCGAACGUCUCCGAGAGGUUUAGUUUCAGGUUAGCUGUAUUUCAACGGUCGAACCGAGUAGUCCUCGACAUCUGUGUUGAGAAGUAUACGCGUUAAACUGUGCCGCGAAACACUUUAAAAUUCUACAAUUCAUUUCGUCAAUCCAAGAGUGUAUCCUAUUCACUUCGAGAGUGUACAGCAUAUCACCGCACUGUCAAUACGCGAGCCUUUCCGCGGUAUGCCGAGUACAUAACCUGCAACUUGUGUCAGUGACCAGUGUAUACGUUAGGCGUUGGCUUGCACAUUUACUUUUAAAUACAAUCGAGUGAGUAAUAUGAAAGCCGAACAGAAGCCCUGUAAACCAAUGAAAAAUAAUAACAAAAGAAAAUUAACUGCCGAGAAUGCUAACGUCGUAUCCGUGAAUGGAAAAGAUUACGACAUCGUCGACGUCGAAGGCGAUGGGAACUGCCUCUUCAGGUGCUUCUCCUACUAUCUGUACAAAAGGGAAGACUCGCACUAUGCCAUCAGACAGAAAUGCGUCGACUAUACCGUGGAACACUGGAGUGAAGAAGCUCCGAUAUUGAGGAACACCUGCGAAGAGGACGAAGACGAAAUGUACAGGGAUGCCGAGACUUACAGAAAGAAUAUGGGCUCGAAUCGUUGCAUGGGAACGGACUACGAACUCGGAGUUUUUAUAAGAUGCCUACGUAUACCUGCAACGUACUUUCGAGAAUACGAGGAAAACGACCUGGCUUCCAUCAGACAAGUGCAAGUGCUGGACAAUGAAAAUGUCAACAACAAUGCCAAGCGGCUGAAUAUUUUAUUCUCGGGAAAGCGAAGGAAUGGACAUUGGCAAAUACUGCUCGAGAGAAGGGAUGAUUCCGGAGAGGAUAGCGAAGACGAAUAUUUUCCGGCCUAUCAUUGGUUCGGUUCUGACAGAGCAGCUGCUGAGAAGAAAUCAAGGUCCACCAAGAAGACUCGGUGUCCAACGACAACGGCAAUAAUAACAACAAUAGCAAUAACAAUAACAAUAAUAAUAACAACAACAACAACAAUGAAGCAUUUUGCGACGACAGUGAGGAAAGAAAAUGUUCCAAAGAAAUUCAAUUGAAAGAUACGAGUGAAUUCCAUUUUAUCGAUUGCGGUAACGAGAGCCACUUCGAAGAGAGACAUGAUCUUUUCCAAUCGGCUUGGGGAUCCGGGCCGUUCGAUUUCGAAGAUGGAAAUAUAUGAUCAACGAGCCAUAACGUGAUGUCUCCCUUCUUGUAUAGAUAUGUAAAUUUUAACUAAUUAUCUGUUACUGAUGAAGUGUCCACUGACAUAAUUAAUAGUUUUGUAUGUAAUGAAUAAAAUAAAUUUAAGACUGAUUAUACAUUAUCCUCUUCUACUUGAGUGAGCGGAGCUAACCUAAUAAAGUCGUGCUUGUUAUUCAAAAUCAA